CGAUCUGAACCUGACCCUGGCAAAGACCAGACUCUAGAUGAAGUAAAACAAACUCCUCUGUUACCUCCCAAUCGUUUCUCUCUGUAUUUCUCCUCGCUAAAUCUCUCCACCACCACCACCGCCAAAAUCUCCCGGGAAAAUGACGAGACAACAAUUCUUCCUGCCCCUCUCUCUCCUCCUCAUCCUCGCCCUGUCCACUCUAACCACGGCCGAGAUCAAAACCUUAAAGAUUACCAACGACGCACGUCCCAUGAUCCUCUUUGAGAAAUUCGGCUUCACGCACACUGGCCGUGUCACCAUCUCCGUCUCCUCCGUCUCAGUCACCUCCUCCGUCAACGCUCCAAAUCCUAUACCUUCUCGUCUCGGCUUCUUUCUCCUCUCCGAGGAGUCUCUUCUCCAAGUCCUCCUCGAGAUCCAGCAAAACCCCAACUUCUGCGUCCUCGAGUCUCACUAUACGCUCCAUCUCUUCACUUUCCGCGAUCUCUCUCCUCCGCCGCUCUCCUCCUUUAAGCAAUCUUAUCCCGUUACUGCCCCCAAUGAAUACUCUCUUUUCUUCGCCAAUUGCGCUCCGGAGACGCGCGUGUCCAUGAAUGUUCGGACGGAGGUUUACAAUCUCGAGCACGAUGGUUCUAAGGAUUUCCUUUCUGCUGGCUUAACCCAGCUACCUUCGCUUUUCUUUAUCUACUCAAUUGCAUACCUCGCUUUUCUGGGGUUCUGGAUCUACAUUUGCGUCACCAAUAAACGAUCUGUGCAUCGGAUCCAUUUGUUAAUGGGUGGAUUGCUGCUGAUGAAAGCGCUCAACUUGAUCUGUGCCGCGGAGGAUAAGCAUUACGUGAAGGUUACAGGUACUCCUCAUGGUUGGGAUGUUUUGUUCUACAUUUUCCAGUUCAUCCGUGUCGUUUUGCUCUUCACGGUGAUUGUGUUGAUUGGUACCGGUUGGUCGUUUUUGAAGCCAUUCCUGCAAGAGAAGGAAAAGAAGGUUUUAAUGAUUGUGGUUCCCCUUCAGGUCUUGGCUAAUGUGGCUUCUGUGGUGAUUGGGGAGACAGGGCCCUUUAUUAAGGAUUGGGUUACCUGGAAUCAGGUGUUCUUAUUGGUGGAUAUCAUCUGUUGCUGCGCGAUUAUUUUCCCAAUUGUCUGGUCUAUUCGAUCUCUGAGGGAGACAUCGAAGACUGAUGGAAAGGCUGCUAGAAAUCUGGCCAAAUUGCAACUGUUUAGGCAGUUUUACAUUGUUGUAAUUGGGUACUUGUAUUUUACGAGGAUUGUAGUGUUUGCACUUAAGACCAUUGCAGCAUACAAGUACCAGUGGGUAAGUAAUGCAGCAGAGGAGACUGCCAGUCUAUUGUUUUAUGCGGUGAUGUUUUAUAUGUUUAGGCCUGUGGAGAAAAAUGAGUACUUUGUUCUUGAUGAGGAGGACGAGGAGGCUGCAGAGCUGGCUCUCAAGGACGAAGAAUUCGAGCUUUGAGGAUACAUAGUGGGAUUGAUAUUUUGUUUUCUUUUUUGGUUGCAAGUGUAAUGCUCUGCUGGUGUUUUUAGUGGAUUAUCUGAUACAAUUACUAUGCUCUGUUCUGAUAUUACAGUUUCUGCUCUGUUUUACUUC